AUGGAGGCUAAGAAAAUCAUAGCCAUAUGCCAAUCCGGAGGUGAAUUUGUGACCAACAAAGAUGAUGGGUCUUUGUCUUACACCGGUGGGGAAGCUUAUGCUCUGGGCAUUGACGAGCAGACGCAGUUGAAAGAUUUCAAGCAAGAACUGUCCGAGAAUUUUCAAUGCAAUGUCGAUGGCAUGACAAUCAAGUAUUUUCUUCCUGGAAAUAGAAAGACUCUGAUUACCAUAUCGAAGCAUAAGGACCUUCAGCGCAUGCUGAACUUCUUCAAGGAUUCUGACCAAGUCGAGGUAUUUGUAGCUGGUCCUCAGAAUGUGCCCAACAUGCCUGCUAGUAGGUCAAGCAAAACUGUGUUAGAUGCAGUGAUUCCCUCUGAUGACCCCAUGGAUAUUAUGCAAGAUGAUGAUGCAAUUGUUCUGGAUGAGCCUAUUGAAACUACAUCACUCGAAGUGACUCCAUUUAGCAAUGAAGAGGAGCAUCGGAGAGCAGCAACCCAGUGGAAGAACAUCAUCACUGGUGUGGACCAAAGAUUCAAUAGCUUCACCGAAUUUCGUGAAGCUCUGCAUAAAUACUCGAUUGCUAAUGGAUUUGAUUACAAAUAUAAGAAAAAUGACAACCAUCGUGUAACUGCCAAGUGCAAAGUGGAAGGCUGUCCAUGGCGUAUAUAUGCAUCAAGGGUGGCUGCCACACAACUAAUAUGUAUUAAGAUUAUGAAUGCAGAGCAUACAUGCGGAGGAGCUACCACAAAAGCUAGGCAGGCAACUAGGGGAUGGAUAGGGAGUAUUAUAAAGGAAAAAUUGAAAGUUUCUCCAAAUUACAAGCCAAAGGAUAUUGCCAAAGAAAUUGAGCGUGAUUAUGGCAUUCAGUUGAACUAUAGUCAGGCAAGGCGAGCAAAGGAGAUUGCACGAGAGCAGCUUCAGGGCUCUUAUGAAGAGGCAUACUCUCACUUACCAUUUUUCUGCGAGAAGAUAAUGGAGACUAACCCAGAACGUAUUACAUUUGUUUCUGAUUUCCAGAAAGGUAUAAGAGAGUCAUUGCUUGAAAUAUUUGGCAAAGAGUGCUAUCAUGGUUACUGCCUACGUUGUCUUGCUGAAAAACUUAAUAAAGAUCUGAAAGGACUUUCACACGAUGCAAGACGUCUCAUGGUUCAAGAUUUAUAUGCUGCUGCUUACUCUGCAAAACUUGAGGCUUUUGAGAGUAGUCUUGAAAAUAUAAAAGCUAUAUCAGCUGAAGCUUAUGACUGGGUCAUUGGUAGCGAACCAGAACACUGGUCUAAUGCAUUUUUUGGUGGUGCAAGAUACAACCACAUGACAUCCAACUUUGGUCAACAGUUCUAUAGUUGGGUAUCUGAGAUGGAUGGGUUUCCAAUAACUCAGAUGGUUGAUGUAUUGCGUGGUAAGAUUAUGGAAUUGAUGUAUAGAAGACGACUUGAAUCCAGUAAUUGGGUUACAAGGUUGACACCUUGUAUGGAGGACAGGCUUCAGAAUGAGAUGGCUAAAGCACAGUCGUUCCAAGUAUUGCAAUCAAUUGGAAAUAGCACAUUUGAGGUUCGUGGUGAAUCACUUGUCGACUUGGUUGAUGUAGAUAAAUGGGACUGUAGUUGUAAAGGAUGGCAGCUUACUGGAUUGCCUUGCUCCCAUGCUAUUGCUGUUUUUGAAUGUGUUGGUAGGACCCCAUACGACUAUUGCUCCAGAUACUUCAUGACUGACACUUACCGCAUAACUUACACGGAGUCAAUCAACCCAAUACCAAACGUGGAGAAACCAGAGAAAAUUGAAGUUAUUGUAACUCCUCCACCUACCAAAAGACGAGUUAAACCAAAGAUUAAAUCAGUUGAAUUUAUGGACAGCAUUAAACGCCAGCUUCAGUGUCGGAGGUGCAAGGGCCUGGGGCACAAUGCGAGAACAUGCGACAAGGUGAACAACAACUUGGUUGAAGAAGAAGUGCAUGCCCCUACCCCACUUUUGACAGGGAUGACCGCUGAUGAACCUACUGAUGGAGGAAGCAUUUGA